AUGGCUCCAACACCAUCAUCAGACGAGUCACCCGCGUCGACGUCCGGCCCGGGCCUCACACGAGCGCCAGACUCACCGCAAAGCAAAAUUAGACGAAACGUAGCCUGUAUCAGUUGUCGUGACUCAAAGGUGCGAUGUCGAGCGAGUCCUGUCACGGGACAGCCAUGUCAACGAUGCGCCAAGUUGCAGAUCUCGUGUGUAUACGACAGAUCACACAAGAGGGUGACAAGGAGAAGUAAACUUGAGCUUCUGGAACAAGAGCUCAAGUCCAUCAAAGAAGUUGUACAGCCCAAGAGUAACGCAGAGUCACCAUCAGUCUCUCAAAGAAACGGAACUGUGUUUCCUACACAGCCAUCUCAAUUGCCUCCGGUCACAAAUGGAGCCGUCUUUUCAUUAUCCAGCAACCUGCAAAGCCCUCAACAACCCCAGUCGUUCGUGCCAUCAGCGGCGUUGCUCGAAAAGACAGAGCCUACAAAACCUCGCAUGCUAGAUGGUAAAUUGGUGUCUGGACAGGAUAUUGACUGGUACUUUGAGAAGUAUGACUCCCCUGGACUGAUGCUAGCAGCAGUAAGGCUAACAGCUUCAGUAAUAUCGACAGCUUGUCGUCGAUAUGCUAAAGAUGAACAACUUGUAACCGUACUCCUCGAUUCUCUUAACCGCGACGUUUGGGGCCUGCUUCAAGCCAUUACAUUGGACCUCGAGUCUAUUCAGACUCUCUUGAUAAUCUGCACUUGGCCAUUCCCGACCAUUAGAUUUGUCACCGAUCCGUCGCCUAAUUUUAUAAGCAGUGCCCUCAACGCUUGCAUGCUUCUCGGCCUGCAUACUGGCCGAGGAUCUCAUCCAAGCUUCUUGAUUGGGGGACGCCAGCACAUGACAUGCACAGACUAUGAGGCAUCCAUAACGUGGGUGUUCUGUAGUAUUCUCGCUCAAAGAGUGUCUACAGGCAAUGGGCAUCCGCCUCCUUUUCUCCAGCAUAAUGACACCAAGUGCAAGGAUGCCAUCAAAGAUAGUCUUGCGCCGGAGUUGUUCACCUUUUUUGAGCUACAGAAGUUUUCAAAUAGAUUACAUACAGCCAUGUAUGCCCAGAUAUCGGCAAGCAAUGGGGUUCCUGAAACCAUCGUCAAGAUGUGGGAAGAUGAGUUUGAGCUUCUAAGACCCCUCGUCACCCGUGUCGAAACAGACUUCUCUCGUUUCAUAAUGCUAGUUGCUCAACUCGAAGUCCAGGCUUACUACUAUACCUCGCUCCCUGACCAGCGCCCCAAUUUCAACCUCAAUACUCUCCGCACAUACAAUACCUCACAGAAUCUUAUCAACACAGCCCUCACACUCGAAUCAACGUGCCAACUACUUACACACAGUCCCCACUGGGUCUAUCGUGCUUUAGUCGAUGCCAGCUGCAUCCUCCUAUCCACGCUACACUCCACUGCUGCCCCGCAACAUCUCUCAACCUCAGACGCUGAGGUUGUCGCUGCGCAGGUUCUAUCCCUUCUAAAAACCUGCUCAGUUCGUGAUAAUGACCUCCCCACACGAGGCUCCAUCAUUCUUGAGACUUUCUGGUCUGUAAGGCAUUUACUCCCUAAGUGGGACAUUCCUGUUGGUGCAUGGCCGGAUCGUAUAGGUGCUGCCACAUCGUAUUGGUGUCUCACGGCCUUCAAGAAUGCGUUGCAGGAGGCCAGGAAUAUCACAGAUGGUACACAAAAAGGCAUUGAUGCAUUUCGUAAGUCUACACUCUUGGUUAGAUGGAUUGGGAUUGCUCACAUGUGCCAUCUAGAACAAAGGUUCCCGGGGACCAUCAACGGUGAUAAUGACGAGGGCAAUGGCAACACUAACACAGAAAUCAAUGGCCAAGAACACACUAUGGACAAUACCAUCGAUCCCCUCCAGGGAAUUGACUGGUCCAUGAUCAUCGAUGACUUUGGCUGGAUUGGAGAGGGUCCCAUGUUUCUUGGGCCAGCAUGA